AUGUCGCCCGACACCUGCGAUGUGGCUCUAUGCUCGUGCUUCAACACCCGAGAUCUCGUUCGAUACAGUCAAGUCUGUCGAGACACUCGACGCGCGGUGCAGUCGUACAGCAGCCAGGCCUUCCAGCUGCACCGGACGCUCGUGAACUUCAUGAGUGUGGACGAGGUCCGGGCCUUCCGGCAGUUGAUGCGGGAGACUGGUACGCUCAUCUCAGGCUCCGUCGCUAUCCAUUUCUUUAGUCGCACGGACGUCGGGGAGUCCGGACUCGAUCUCUACAUGGAGGGCGACAACGCGCACAACGUCGCCGCCUUCGUGCAGAAGCUGGGCUACGCCUACCAGCCUCGCAUGUACCAGAACCAGAGAAUCCAUAACGCCAUCGCCCACGCGACCUCUCGAUACGCCAUCCGGGACAGCGCUAUAUACGAGAUGCCCGCGAUUUUGGACAAGUUCACUUUCGACCGCGAGGGCACGAAGAUCCACCUCCUGGUCGCUGACCUCAGCGCCAUCGACGCCAUAUUGGAUUUCCACUCGACCGUCGUUAUGAACAUCAUCACGCAUAGAGCCGCGUACGCCCUCUACCCUCAGAGCACGUUCAAGGCCAACAUGGGCAUCUGCUUCGACGAGGACCCAAUCAACGGCGACUCCUCGAAGUAUAGGGAGCGUGGAUGGGACCUUCGAUGUGCUGUCGAGGACCGCGCAUGUAGAUCUCUUCACGGUGAGAUAACCAACAACGAGCGCUACGUCGGAGAUCGCUAUACAUGGACAAUCAACUUCGACGAUAGGUUGGUUCCCUCAACCUCGCUUGCCAUCAUGCUAAUGAACCGCUAG